UUGUUGUUUCACGGACUGAAGAGCUGACGGGUCACCCGGUUGGCCGAACAUCAUGUCCGCCAUGGCUCUAAGAUGGACACAGUUUAAUCCAGUGGGAACGUUUGUUGCUUCACCUCCUCUGGAAGUCUGAACCCGGGAAUCUCCAUCCUCCUCCAGUUCAUCACCUCGGGCGGCUUGGCCUUCAUGGAUGAUGGAGGCUUCCAGGUCCAGGUGGUGAAGAGGAAACACAGAAUGUUAAACGUCAGUUUUUUUGGUGUUUCUGGAAACAUUUUCCAUGUGGGAAUCUAAUUUCGGACGGAGAGAUCGACGCAACCAGGAAAUGGCUUCUUCUCUUCCUGCGUCUCUGUUCCUGCUGUCUGUGGUUUUCUGGCAGUUUGUCGCUGCUGCAGGUCAGACCAUCGUCACAGCUACAGCUGGACAUGAAGUCGUUCUGCCAUGUAAAGAUCCUGAUAAGGGGCGUCUGACAGUGGCAGAGUGGAGGAGACUGGAUCUGGGGUCACGAUACGUCCUGCUGUACAGAAACAAGCAGAUCGAUCCAGCAAACCAGCAUCCGUCCUUCAAGAACCGGGUGGAUCUGCUGACCAAUCAGAUGUACAACGGAGACGCAUCUUUGAUUCUGGAGAACGCAUCGAUUACCGACAGCGGGAUGUUCGAGUGUCAAAUCGUUCACGCAAACAGUGAGAAGAAAACCAUCCUGACCGUCAACCUGGAUGUUCUUCCUCCUCCUGCUCCGCCCACUCCGCCUCCUCCUCCAGAACUAAACAGAAACCAGAUGGACAAGAGGAACCAGACGGACAACAGAAAACAGACGGACAAGAGGAACCAGAUGGGCAAGAGGGACAAAAGCGACCAGACGGACCACAGGGACCAUGUGGACCAGAUGGACCACAGGGACCAGGUGGACCAUAGCAUUCAUAGGGUCCAGAGUGAUGAGAGUGACCAGGGGAACCAGACGGACAAGAGGGACAAAAGCGACCAAACCGACCACAGGGACCAUGUGGACCAGACGGACCACAGGGGCCAGGUGGACCAUAGAAUUCGUAGGGUCCAGAGUGAUGAGAGUGACCAGGGGAACCAGACGGAUCAGAUGGAUAAGAGGGGACCAUGA